GAGAAUAUAGGAACGUCAUCACGUUAUGUGUCCUUGUUUAGCAGUUGAGUCUAGAAAGUAUACAGCUUUUGUCAAAAUUUACUUUUCGUAGUAGGUUUAGAAUAAUUUAUUACGCAGUUUAGGAUAAUUAAUGACGCAGGUUAGGAUAAUUAGGUUAAGGCUAGGAAAAGAGGUAGGUUUAGCUACAAUGCAAAAAAUGUCAAUAUACUUCUAACGACAAUUUGACAAAGGCUGUAUCCCAUCUAGGCAUGACCUUGUUUAGCUGGCUAUCUAGCUAGUUGUCCUGUAUUUUUAACCGUUUUCUAAUUUUAGCAGCCCGGUUUAACCAGAAUAUUUGGUCUCGGAAUAAAACAGUAGCACCGAUGACCGACUGCGAGGGACUACAAGACGUUUCAUGUAGUUUUUACUGUUGAAGAAUAUGGAGGUAGUGGACAGUCCUCUUAACCUCGCCCAUCAGCAGUCCAGGAAGGCAGACCGUUUGUUGGCAGCUGGUAAAUAUGAAGAAGCUAUUUCCUGCCAUGGGAAAGCUGCAGAGCUGCUGAGGGAAGCCAUGAAGUUAACAGAGUGUGAACAGGCUGGUUUGUCCAUGGCGCUCCAGAGGGAUAGCCACGUGAAGCAGCAGCGGCUUAUUGAGGAGAAGUGGAAGAGGACCAGACAGGAGGGCAAGCCCAUGGUCCUUCAGAGCCACCCCUCCACCGACCAGCCCCCCGGCCUGGUGACCAACGAGCACCCCCGCCACCCAGAGAGGGAGUACGACACCUGGCUGUACCUCCUGAAGAACAAGGGUUCCCCCCCUCCCCCGACACCCUGCCCCGGCAGCAAGGCCCACAAGGACGACAAGACACGUCUGGAGGAGCAGCAGACCACUAUCGCCAGCCUGCGGCGCCACAUAGAUCAUCUGCUGGGAGAGAACGAGAAACUGACCCUGGACAACCAGCGCCUGCGAGGGGAGAACAGCCGGCUGAAGAGGGACGCGGCGGACACGGACUUACUGGAGAAAUCCGAGCUGUGGGUUCUGCCCCAGUCAGAGGACAGGAAGAACAUCUCCAUACCUAACCUGCCCCCUCUGGAGAUGCCCACUCAGGACAUCUGUCUGGACGACCUGCCUGCCCUGGAGCUCCCAGAGGACAUCCAGCACGAACUGCAGGCGCUGCUGGACAGAGACGCCAGCCAGUCCAGUACUAACUAACUAAAGGAGGCCUCUCUACAGAGAGACGCCAGCCAGCCCAGUACUAACUAACUAAAGGAGGCCUGUCUACAGAGAGACGCCAGCCAGCCCAGUACUAACUAACUAAAGGAGGCCUCUCUACAGAGAGACUGUCCAGACUAGACUGGAAGCUGGCUAAUCUCAAUAAAAGUGUUUGAUUGGUUGGUGGCCUCAGGCACUAGAUAGCAACCACACAUGGUCACAGUGACAAGUUGUUCAAGAUCACAGUUCUGUCUGUCUCCUCAGUGUCUCUACUAGUGGGUACUACAUCUCAUUCACACACACACACAACAACAAACUCUUUGCAGAAAUUGUGCCUUUGAAAAUGUCUGAAAUGAAGUCAAAAGGGAGUGACUAUCUACAGUGAUCUCCCUGCUUUGAUAACAGGCCUCUAUAUCUGGAGGCCCUGACUGGUACGAUACCCACCAGGGACGACAUACUGACCCUCUGAUACCCACCAGGGAUGACCCUCUGAUACCCACCAGGGACGACAUACUGACCCUCUGAUACCCACCAGGGAUGACUCUCUGAUACCCACCAGGGACGACAUACUGACCCUCUGAUUCCCACCAGGGACGACAUACUGACUCUCUGAUACCCACCAGGGACGACAUACUGACUCUCUGAUACCCACCAGGGACGACAUACUGACCCUCUGAUACCCACCAGGGACGACAUACUGACUCUCUGAUACCCACCAGGGACGACAUACUGACCCUCUGAUACCCACCAGGGAUGACCCUCUGAUACCCACCAGGGACGACAUACUGACCCUCUGAUACCCACCAGGGACGACAUACUGACUCUCUGAUACCCACCAGGGAUGACCCUCUGAUACCCACCAGGGACGACAUACUGACUCUCUGAUACCCACCAGGGAUGACCCUCUGAUACCCACCAGGGAUGACAUACUGACUCUCUGAUACCCACCAGGGACGACAUACUGACCCUCUGAUACCCACCAGGGACGACAUACUGACUCUCUGAUACCCACCAGGGACGACUCUCUGAUACCCACCAGGGCGACCCUCUGAUACCCACCAGGGACGACUCUCUGAUACCCACCAGGGACGACAUACUGACUCUCUGAUACCCACCAGGGACGACAUACUGACCCUCUGAUACCCACCAGGGACGACAUACUGACUCUCUGAUACCCACCAGGGACGACAUACUGACUCUGAUACCCACCAGGGACGACAUACUGACCCUCUGAUACCCACCAGGGACGACAUACUGACCCUCUGAUACCCACCAGGGACGAGAAACUGACUCUCUGAUACCCACCAGGGAUGACCCUCUGAUACCCACCAGGGACGACAUACUGACCCUCUGAUACCCACCAGGGAUGACCCUCUGAUACCCACCAGGGAUGACCCUCUGAUACCCACCAGGGAUGACCCUCUGAUACCCACCAGGGAUGACCCUCUGAUACCCACCAGGGAUGACUCUCUGAUACCCACCAGGGACGACAUACUGACCCUCUGAUACCCACCAGGGACGACAUACUGACCCUCUGAUACCCACCAGGGACGACAUACUGACUCUCUGAUACCCACCAGGGACGACAUACUGACUCUGAUACCCACCAGGGACGACAUACUGACCCUCUGAUACCCACCAGGGACGACAUACUGACUCUCUGAUACCCACCAGGGACGACAUACUGACCCUCUGAUACCCACCAGGGACGACAUACUGACCCUCUGAUACCCACCAGGGACGACAUACUGACUCUGAUACCCACCAGGGAUGACCCUCUGAUACCCACCAGGGACGACCCUCUGAUACCCACCAGGGACGACAUACUGACCCUCUGAUACCCACCAGGGACGACAUACUGACUCUCUGAUACCCACCAGGGACGACAUACUGACCCUCUGAUACCCACCAGGGAUGACCCUCUGAUACCCACCAGGGACGACCCUCUGAUACCCACCAGGGAUGACCCUCUGAUACCCACCAGGGACGACAUACUGACCCUCUGAUACCCACCAGGGACGACAUACUGACCCUCUGAUACCCACCAGGGACGACAUACUGACUCUCUGAUACCCACCAGGGACGACAUACUGACCCUCUGAUACCCACCAGGGACGACAUACUGACUCUCUGAUACCCACCAGGGACGACAUACUGACCCUCUGAUACCCACCAGGGACGACAUACUGACUCUCUGAUACCCACCAGGGACGACAUACUGACCCUCUGAUACCCACCAGGGACGACAUACUGACUCUCUGAUACCCACCAGGGACGACCCUCUGAUACCCACCAGGGACGACAUACUGACCCUCUGAUACCCACCAGGGACGACAUACUGACCCUCUGAUACCCACCAGGGACGACAUACUGACUCUCUGAUACCCACCAGGGAUGACCCUCUGAUACCCACCAGGGAUGACCCUCUGAUACCCACCAGGGACGACAUACUGACCCUCUGAUACCCACCAGGGACGACAUACUGACUCUCUGAUACCCACCAGGGACGACAUACUGACUCUCUGAUACCCACCAGGGAUGACCCUCUGAUACCCACCAGGGACGACAUACUGACCCUCUGAUACCCACCAGGGACGACAUACUGACCCUCUGAUACCCACCAGGGACGACAUACUGACUCUGAUACCCACCAGGGACGACCCUCUGAUACCCACCAGGGAUGACAUACUGACUCUCUGAUACCCACCAGGGACGACAUACUGACCCUCUGAUACCCACCAGGGACGACAUACUGACCCUCUGAUACCCACCAGGGACGACAUACUGACCCUCUGAUACCCACCAGGGACGACUCUCUGAUACCCACCAGGGACGACAUACUGACUCUCUGAUACCCACCAGGGACGACAUACUGACCCUCUGAUACCCACCAGGGACGACAUACUGACUCUCUGAUACCCACCAGGGAUGACAUACUGACUCUGAUACCCACCAGGGACGACAUACUGACCCUCUGAUACCCACCAGGGACGACAUACUGACCCUCUGAUACCCACCAGGGACGAGAAACUGACUCUCUGAUACCCACCAGGGAUGACCCUCUGAUACCCACCAGGGACGACAUACUGACCCUCUGAUACCCACCAGGGACGACAUACUGACUCUCUGAUACCCACCAGGGACGACAUACUGACCCUCUGAUACCCACCAGGGACGACAUACUGACUCUGAUACCCACCAGGGACGACAUACUGACUCUCUGAUACCCACCAGGGACGACAUACUGACCCUCUGAUACCCACCAGGGACGACAUACUGACCCUCUGAUACCCACCAGGGACGACAUACUGACUCUCUGAUACCCACCAGGGACGACCCUCUGAUACCCACCAGGGACGACAUACUGACUCUCUGAUACCCACCAGGGACGACAUACUGACUCUCUGAUACCCACCAGGGACGACAUACUGACCCUCUGAUACCCACCAGGGACGACAUACUGACCCUCUGAUACCCACCAGGGAUGACCCUCUGAUACCCACCAGGGACGACCCUCUGAUACCCACCAGGGACGACCCUCUAAUACCCACCAGGGAUGACCCUCUGAUACCCACCAGGGAUGACCCUCUGAUACCCACCAGGGACGACCCUCUGAUACCCACCAGGGACGACCCUCUAAUACCCACCAGGGACGACAUACUGAUCCACCAGAGGGCAGACAGACGCUGCAGUGGAGCCUCUAUGGAGCUGAUCUACAUCCAUAGUGUGUGUGUUGUGCCCCACCAGCUGUCUGGGUGGGGACAGUAAGGGUCUGGGUGGGGACAGUAAGGGUCUGGGUGGGGACAGUAAGGGUCUGGGUGGGGACAGUAAGGGUCUGGGUGGGGACAGUAAGGGUCUGGGUGGGGACAGUAAGGGUCUGGGUGGGGACAGUAAGGGUCUGGGUGGGGACAGUAAGUAAGGUUGCAAUAUUCCAGGAACUGUAAAUAAAUUCCCUGGUUUUCCUAGAAAACGAAGGUUCCUGGCAUUCUGCAGCCCUAGUAGAGAAUAGUAUCACUGAGUGAACCUGUAGUUUAAAUCCUCUCUCCUUUCCGUCAUUUUUACCAACAACCUGUGAAGGAGCUUGAGUUUAUAUUUGAAUGGUGUGUUUGUCCUUCAAUGCAACGUUUGUUUCUUUGGCAUUUAAAUGUUUCUUAAUAAAUGAAAACAAGCGUA